CAUAAUACAAACAAAAAAGAGAGUGAGCAGGCCCCCCAUAUAUUUUGAAGAGGGUUGAGAGUUGCAUCUCUUUCUCUGGUGGGUGUGUCUUGUGUCUUGGGACCCAACAAUUGAAAUUUGAGAGAAAAUUGAAAGGACAAAGUAAGAGACCACCCAUAUCUUCAUUUUCCUUUUCUACUACCCAUACACCUCCAUGUUCUUCUGCUAGACCUACCAAACCUCUUAAAUCUUCUUAUCAAAUACCUGCAUUUAUUGCUCUCAUUCUCUCCCUCUCUCUACAUAUACCUCCUCUCUGAUCACUAGCUCUACUGCAAACACCCCGUCCUCAAGCAAGCUUCCUCUCUGUAUCCCUAAUAUUCCAUUUGUUUGCAUCCUUCUCUCCUAAUAUGUCAACAAGUACUAGUGCUCAUUGCCUUCUUCUUUUCCUUCUUUGCCUUUCUUUGCAUGCAUGUAAUGCCCGGCGUCUCGGUGCGGUUGAGAAGAAGCCUGAAAACAAACUUCAUCUCGUCAACAAGAGUACUAAAGAAAAGGGUUCUGAUGAUAACAUUCCAGCUGUGGCAAAGGUGAAGUCUUUCUCAUCAAAGGCAGCACCUGAAGUGGCAAAAGAACGAAGCACAGCAGAGACUCACAGUGAUAACAGUAUCAACACUAAGGAGCCCACGCACACGAAAGCCAGUGAUGUAUCAAGAAAAACAAAGAGGUCGGCCUCAGGUGCUGUUGAACAUCAUCCAACAACUGUAGAUGCUGAUGAUGAUAACAAGUCGUCUUUCGAUUCGGUUUCAUGGCGUGUUCCCCACAAGAAACGUGAAGUUCAGAAACAACCAGGGUUCAAUCUGGACUACUCACCCCCAAAGACACACCCUCCUUCUCACAACUGAUAUAUAUAUAUAUAUUGUCAUCAUAUAUAACUACAUGAUCACCAGCUGAUGACCCACCUUUUUUCUUGUU